CUAUUAUAAAAUAUGAUUAUGAUCAAUUGUUUCGGGUAUUCCUAAGUCUAACAUCAUUGGGUUUCAGAGGUUUGAUUUGACUGGCACCAUCAUCAGUUCAUCACCAUGUCCUGUGAAUCUUCUCUUCCUGAAAACUCCAUUGUUGUGGGGUGUGGAGCAGUGGGCGUGGAUUUUUUGGCUACUGUUGCUGCUUUUCCUAAACCAGAUUCCAAAAUCAGAAGCACCUCCUUCAAGAUUCAAGGAGGUGGCAAUGCAGGCAAUGCCUUAACCUGUGUCUCUCGCUUGGGCCUCAAGCCAAGGAUCAUCUCCAAGGUUGCAGAUGACACUCAGGGCAGGAGCAUACUAGAUGAACUGCAGGCUGAUGGUGUAGAUACUUCCUUUAUGGUGGUAUCUAAGGAAGGCACUUCACCCUUUACCUAUAUCAUUGUAGACAGCCAAACUAAGUCCCGUACUUGUAUACAUACCCCAGGAUUUCCUCCAUUGAAGCCAGUUGAACUUCCUGAAUCAAGUUUGUUAUCUGCAUUGGAUGGAGCAAGAAUUGUUUAUACUGAUGGGAGAUUACAUGAAACUGCUCUAGUUGUAGCAAACGAGGCAGUUAAGAAGAACAUACCUAUCUUAAUGGAUGCCGAAAAGCUGAGAGAAGGGUUGGAUGAGCUCCUGAAAUUUGUUGAUUAUGUUGUAUGUGCUGCACAGUUUCCGCAGGUAUGGACAGAGGCAUCCACAGUUCCUAGAGCACUUGUUUCUAUGCUUUUAAGGUUGCCCAAAGUCAAAUUUGUGAUUGUAACUUUGGGAAAAGAUGGUUUCAUAAUGCUUGAGAGAAGUGUUAAUGAUGUGGGUCUUUCCGCAGAAGAAGAGGAUGUUGACAAAUUACUGGAAUCUCUGGAGAUAAGAAAGAAUGGGAGCAUAUACCACCCGGCCUGCAUAUCAUCAUCAGUGAAGAAAUUGCGGGCAGAAGGUAUAGGAUCACUUUUUGGUCAGUUAUACGUUGGAACAGCUGAGAACAUACCACCAUCAGAGCUUAUCGACACUACCGGUGCUGGAGACGCAUUUGCUGGAGCUAUUCUUUAUGCUAUCUGUGCCAACUUUACUAGAGAGAAAAUGCUAUGCUUUGCUGCUAAUGUGGCAGCUGCCAAAUGCAGAGCUCUAGGAGCAAGAACUGGUCUUCCUCACCACACAGACCCGCGCCUAGCACCCUUCAUAUCAUGCAGUAGCUUCACCAGUAGUAGCUGAGUUUUUUUUUUUUUUUUUUCCAAUGUAGGAAACAAUGACGUUGGACACUUUUUCUAGAUCUUUGUUUCAUCACAGUUGAAGUAAAGCACUGAAUAUUCCUUUU